GGGAGUUUUUAGGGGGUUGUGGAGGGUAAGGGCGCAUAGGGGGGCCAGGACACACGUUUAGAGGGAGGUGAAUGAAGAACUGAGGAAUUGUGAUCCGGUUCUCGCUGAGAUGAAGUCCUACAUGCUCCUCUUGGCCCUGCUGCAUACUCUGGGAUGCUCAGGGAUCCCACUGUACUACUCAGAGCUCACGUCUCUGGCAGACAGGGGCCUCGGAGCAGCCCUGGCUCAGGUCAACUCGGAGUAUGUCAGAUAUCUUUACCGGGUUAGCCGAGGCUCAGUCAAAAAGAUUAUUCCCGUUAGCCUGAACGCCACUGACCUGCUGAUGGUGUUUGGCAUUAAAGAGACGGAGUGUGUGAAGGCUUCCGGAAACGACCCCCAGACGUGCGCCUUCAGAACUGGCUUCUUUGUGCCAUCCUUGUCCUGCUCCAGUCGGGUUCGAAUGUCGGCCACCUCGGCCCAGGUGUUGUCUCUCAGAUGUGACCACGACUCCUCGAGCUCCAGCUCAGAGUCGAGUGAGGAGAUGACCUUAAAGCGGAGACACCAGUUCAACAUCCCAUUUGUAAAUAGAGCAGUCCCUGCUCCUCCUGCACCUCCUGCUCCUCCUGCACCUCCUCUGCACCUCCAGCCUGGUCUCCCCCUGCAUGGCCGGACGGCGGAGGAAGCCCGGCCCAGAGGAGACACUUUCACCAACUACCUGGUGUGAAAGUUCAGCUCACAUUUAGGUGCCGAUGAGAAGACGAGCUGGAAUUAAAAAACAGAAUUUGAACAUUAGG